AUGGGUUAUCUGGGGCUUCUCUUCUUCGUCCUCCUCUCCCUGUCCGCCGUAGGCUUGAGGCCCGCGUCGGCUGCGGAUGAGGCGGAGGAAACUGGUUUGGUGAUGAACUUCUACAAGGACUCAUGCCCUCAGGCGGAGGAGAUCAUCAAGGAGCAGGUGGGGCUGCUGUACAAGCGCCACAAGAACACCGCCUUCUCCUGGCUCAGGAACAUCUUCCACGACUGCGCCGUUGAGGUCAUCCUCCUCACCAUUUUCCCCUUUUUAGAUUAGAUUCUUCCUCUUCUUCUGCUUCUUCUUCUCCGUCCUCCUCUUCUUUACUGAGGGAUUUCUGUCUGGUAAUGGCGGCAGUCGUGCGACGCUUCCCUGCUGCUUGACUCGACGAGGAGGACGCUGUCGGAGAAGGAAGCUGACCGGAGCUUCGGGAUGAGAAAUUUCCGGUACCUUGACACCAUCAAGGAGGCUCUCGAGAGGGAGUGCCCUGAGGUCGUCUCCUGCGCCGACAUCCUCGUCCUCUCUGCCCGAGAAGGCAUUGCACUUGUAAGUGACCCUCUCUCUCUCUCUCUCUCCCUCUCUCCCCCCUUCAUCCUCCCCCUCCCCGUACUCUGUGAGCUCCCCUUCAGAUCUGUGAGCCUCCCACAGUCGCCAUCAAUGGCGGUCUCUUCUCCCCACUCUCUGGGUCUCCUCUAAAUCCGUUCCCACAGCCGCAUGCAUUAUCUAUCUAUACCUUUCUUCCUUUUUUACCUCUCUUCCAGUCGGUCUCUUCUCGUCGUUUCCAUACCCGCCGCCUCCGAGCUCCUCUCUCCUCUCUUCUCUCUUCUCUCUUCUUUCCAUCCAUUCGAUCAUUUGCUCAUCUGUGGUGGUGCAAUCGGCGAUCGUCAAUAUAUCGGCAGGUGGGUGGCCCGUACAUCCCGCUGAAGACGGGGAGGAGGGACGGCCGCCGGAGCCGCUCCCCCGAAGUCCUGGAGGAGUUCCUCCCCGACCACAACGAGUCCAUCUCCUCCAUCCUCGACAAGUUCAACGCUCUGGGCAUCAACACCGCCGGCGUCGUCGCCCUCCUCGGCUCUCACAGCGUUGGCCGCACCCACUGCGUCAAGCUCGUCCACCGCCUCUACCCCGAGGUCGACCCGGCCAUCAACCCGGACCACAUCCCCCACAUGCUCAAGAAGUGCCCCGAUUCCAUCCCCGAUCCCAAGGCCGUGCAGUACGUGCGCAACGAUAGGGGCACCCCCAUGAAGCUGGACAACAACUACUACAGGAACAUCUUGGAUAACAAGGGCCUGCUCAUGGUGGACCACCAGCUGGCCUACGACUCGAGGACCAGGCCCUUCGUGCUCAAGAUGGCCAAGUCCGAGGACUACUUCUUCCAGGAGUUCUCCCGGGCCAUCCAGAUCCUCUCCGAGAACAAUCCCCUCACCGGCACCAAGGGCGAGGUCCGCAAGCAGUGCAACGUCGCCAACAAGCUCCACUGA